AUCUCCUAUGGAGCAAAACUGGAGCCUCAGGUGGGGUGGGGAAGCAUCCACCCAAUAGUCUGCAGUGUACCUGGUAGCUUAGGGCACAAUCACCCAUGGGCCCAUACAUCAGCAUCCAUGAUACAAGAGGAGGUGGCCAAGGAGUAGGCCAGGAGAAGAAAGGGGCAGGUUGCCUGGGAACCCUCUCAGAGAAGGUGGAGCAUGAGUUGGGACAGCUACAUGUAGCUUGUAGCCCUCAGACCCAUCUGCUCCCCCAGAUUGAACAUGCUACAGUAGGAGGUGUGUGGGAGAAGGCCCCGAAGGACAAGUCACCACCACAGUCAGCCCUCCACCAGCCCCGUCAGGGACCCACCAAUGAGGCGCAGAUGGCGGCUGCAGCUGCCCUGGCCCGGCUGGAGCAGAAGCAGCCCAAGACCCGGGGCCCCACAUCGCAGGACUCUAUCCGGAACCAGGUGAAAAAAGAACUCCAGUCUGAAGCCACUGUCAGCAGCGGACCAGAAGCCUCCGGGACCAACAAGGCAGCUGAACCCAGAGAAGACUUGCCUGCCCAACUGGCUGUGACAGGCGUGUACUUCACCUGUCCGCUCACUGGUGCCACCUUGAGGCGGGAGCAGCGGGAUGCCAGUAUCAGAGAGGCCAUCCUGUCGCACUUCUCCACUGACCCUGUGGGUGCUUCCAUCAUGAAGAUCCACACCUUCAACCGAGACCAUGACCGUGUGAAAUUGGGUGUGGAAACCAUCGCCAAGUACCUGGAUAAUAUUCACCUGCACCCCGCAGAGGAGAAGUACCAAAAGAUUAAAUUACAGAACAAGGUGUUCCAGGAGCGCAUCAGCUGCCUGGAGGGGACCCACGAAUUCUUGGAGGCCAUUGGAUUCCAGAAGGUGCUGCUGCCCGCUCUGGAUCAGGAGGGUCCGGAGGAGUUCUACGUGCUGGGCGAGGCGGCGCGCGCGGAACCUGAGAGCCUGGAGCGCCACAAGGAGCAGCUGCUGCGUGCACAGCCCGUGCGGGCCGCGCUGGACCGGCAGCGCCGUGUGUUCCGGCCCUCGGCGCUGGCCUCGCACUUCCAGCUGCCCGCGGACUUCUUCAACCUCUCGGCCGACGAGCUGCGGCGCGAGCAGAGGCUCAGGGCAGAGGCGGUGGAGCGGAUGAGCACACUGCGGACCAAGGCGAUGCGCGAGCGCGAGGAGCAGCGCGAGAUGCGCAAGUACUCGUACACGCUACUGCGCGUACGCCUUCCCGAUGGCUGCCUGCUGCAAGGCACCUUCUACGCCCGCGAGCGGCUACCCGCGCUCUUCGAGUUCGUGAGGGAGGCUUUGCAGAACGACUGGCUGCCCUUCGACCUGCUGGCCUCUGGCGGGCAGAAGCUGGCGCAGGACCAGGACGUAGCCUUGAACGAGUGCGGACUGGUCCCUUCAGCCCUCCUGACCUUCUCAUGGGACGCAGCAGUGCUGGAGGACAUGAGAGCCGCAGGAGUGGAGCCAGCCACAUCUGUCCUGAAGCCUGAGCUCCUGGCGGCCAUGGAGCAGCUCUCCUGAAAUAAAGCAGUCCCGCCGUGCCGCACUCGCUGUGCCAGUGUCUCCCACCUCCCUCGCCUGGGAGCUGCCACCUGCUCUGGAAACAAUUGCCUCCAUCUGAGCUCUGGUCCCAGGCAGCUGUGAAGACGACCAGAGUCCAUCCAGGGUCGUCCAUGGAUCCUGAGGCAGCGAGGAUGGUGUAGAUAGAAACCUUCUGCGGGUCUCUUGGAGUCCAGGGUGAUGGUUGUGGGCAUCACCUGGUCAGUGUGGACCUGUCCCAUGGGUUCUGUGGGCUAUGGACAGAAGUGGCCUGUCUGUACCCAGGCUGGUGACCGUGGCAGGAGGGGAACAUGCUAGCCUGGUGCUCAGUGGUUUACUUACGAACCUGAAUAAAUGGGCUGCUUUAAAUCCA